AUGACGUCUCGUGAACAUCUGGUGGGUGGUUUCGCUGGUGGUGUGGUGAGUACGUUAACGUGUCAUCCACUUGACCUUCUCAGAAUCCGAUAUUCAGCAAAUGAGGGGAAUAACAAAUUGAGGCCGCAGUAUCGCAGCUACUGGCAUGCCACGAGAACUAUAAUAGCAGCUGAAGGAUAUCGUGGUCUUUACCAGGGAUUAUCACCGAAUUUGGUUGGUGCUUCUCUUGCGUGGGGAUUAUAUUUCGAUUUUUAUUAUAUAAUUAAAGCAAAAUGCAACGAACAUCGGAUAACAUCUGGCAACGAAAUGGUUGAUAAUUUCUUCAUUGGUUUGACAUCCGGUGCUUCUGUAUUAGCACUUACGAAUCCGAUUUGGGUUGCGAAAACAAGACUUUGUUUACAAUAUGAAAAUCAAUUGGGUAAACGUUAUACUGGUAUGAUCCACUGUAUUAGACGCAUGGCUGUCGAAGAAGGAUUUUCAGCGUUAUAUAAGGGUUUUGUACCGGGAUUAUUGGGCACAGGUCACGGUGCUCUACAGUUCAUGCUGUACAACUACUUAAAGGAUUCGCACUAUCGAAAACUUGGUGUCACAUCUGACUAUAAAUUGAGUACCAUCGACUAUUUAUUGUAUUCAUCGGCGUCAAAAAUUGUCGCAACAACUCUGACGUUCCCUUACCAGCUAUUAAGAACUCGUCUCCAGGAUCAGCACGCAGACUAUCGAGGAGUAUGGGAUGUGUGCAAACGGACAUUCCAAAAGGAAGGAAUAUUCGGCUUCUAUAAGGGUCUUUAUAUGGCUAAUAUUCGACAGGUACCUGCAGCUGUUGUCACGUUCAUCACUUACGAAAAUGUACGACACCUUUUCCGAACUUACAGUUUAGUAUAA